GUCAACAUCCAUCUACUUCUUACCUCUGCCCUUUAUCAUUACAACCAGAGGACACAUCCUGCCUCUGGAUCACCACACCAGCAGACCUAGGGAAAAGAUAAAAGAGUGACUGCUCUCCUGUGGGACAUAGCCAAGACAUCAGCAUGUCAGAAGACUUAAAAGAUCUGAUGCCCACUGAGAGGAAGUCCGUUUGGAGGUCCGCUGAAGAGAGGCGGAUGUCUGACCUCACCCGGGUGCUGGAGUGGCUAGAGAGGAGGCAGGGCAAGAAGAAGCGUGCCCUCCAGAAAAAUAUCGAAGAGACAACCCGUGCAGAAGAGAAGGUAGGAAAGAAAACCUCAAGUGCUAAGAAGAAGCAAGACAAAGAUGGCCGCAGGGUGACCUUCAACAAGGACAGCUCCUUGAGCCAAUUGUGGAAACUUCUCAGUUUGGGUCUGGAGGAUGCUGAGCAUAAUUUCUCUCCUGGCUCCAAGAAUCAAGACCCAAACGUCAGCAAGAAGUUGAUCACUGCCUUCCGCAAGGGGUAUGGAGCAGACAUAAGGGGCAAGCGUAUAAGCAUGUUGCCUAGCAACCUCAUCAGGGACGGCUAUAAGAAGUCAGACUUAGACAUCAAGGACGUCAUAGCCCUAGAAACCAACACUCGGGUAAGUCCAUACCGCAGACAAAGCUCCAUAGAUCCAGUACUUCAGGAAACUAUGUUUGGCACGCGGAGGGUGGGCCUGUUGAGAGACUGGGCAAGCAAGGCUCCUGAUGAUCGCAAGCUGAAGAGCCUCAUGGAGAAGGGUACAGAGCCCAAGAUGGAGACAGCCAAGAUGCUGAAGCCAGAAGAGGUGCUGAGCUGCCGGUACCUGCGUUUGUCCAAGAACAACAUCAAGACCUUGAUCAAGCUGUGCAAGGAUGCAGGGAUGGACGUGGACAUCCACCCACACAUGGUGGAAUCCGAGAUAGACUCCAAGAAGAUAUUCGACCGUCACUUAAGCACUGCACUCUAGUUGCACCACCGGAAGCUCGUCCUGUGUGGGCUGAACACCCUGCAGACUAGCUUCUCUAAACUGCACCGGGCAAACAAGUCAGACGCAUCACCACUA